AUGACCAAACCUUCUACUGGAAGGACCAUCGUCGUCGCGGUGGAUUUUGGCACCACUUUCUCGGGCGUAGCCUGGGCCCAAACUAGCAAUCCAGAGUCGCACUAUAUCAUCAAUCAGUGGCCACAGAAUACAUCUGGGUCAUCUGAUGGAAUGACCAGCGAGAAAGUGCCGAGCGAGGUCACUUACGAAUAUUCAAAUUCGGGACCAAAAUGUCUGUGGGGAUUCCAAAUUAUUGACAGCAUGCCACGCAUUCAGUGGAUUAAACUUGGGCUCGCUCCUGACCAAAAGCUUGGGGUUGGAUCACGGUUGUCUUCGACCUACUCUGAUUGCCAUCGCAUUCCCGUCCUAUAUCACUCAUCAGCCGAGAAUGUUGUGACUGAUUAUCUCCGCUCUCUCCGAGAACAUGCAGUCAGCAUUUUGAGAUCGAAGCUUGGUAAUUCUCUGGACAGUACAAAUCUGGAAUUUGUCAUUACAGUCCCAGCUAUCUGGCCGGAUAGAGCGAAGAUGGCAACACUGACCUGUGCGGAAAAGGCGGGCUUUGGAGAGUCGUCCGCAAUACGCAUCAUAUCUGAGCCCGAAGCCGCUGCCAUACAUUCGCUGCGUGCAUCUAGCCCUCACGGUUUGGAAAUCGGGGAUACCAUCGUUCUCUGCGACGCUGGUGGCGGGACAGUUGAUCUCAUUACUUUCACGAUUGUUGAGCUGCUACCCAAUUUGCGUCUCAAAGAGGAAGCACCAGGGACUGGAUCUUUGUGCGGGAGCACUUUUCUCAACAGGCGUUUCGAAGAUUUACUGAAUGAACGUCUCUCCUCCCUCCCUGGAUGGGGUCGAGACACAUUAUAUGAAGCUAUGCAGCAUUUUGAGACCGUUGCAAAGAGAACAUUCAGUGGAAAUGUAGACGACGAUUUCAUGUUUCCUGUCCCCGGUAUAGCAGACAGUGAGGCAGCCGGAGUUCGUCGCGGCCGACUUCGAGUGAGUGGUCAAGGAAUGCAGCAACUCUUCCAACCCAUUUUACAAGACAUUGAGACUCUCGUCCGUGAGCAAAUCGAGGCUUCUGCUGCAAAGGUAAAGGCGAUCUUCUUGGUUGGAGGAUUCGGACAGAGUCCAUAUCUUCGCAAACAUCUUCGGGACUGCUUCUCUCCGGCCGUGCAAGUCACAGCCCCAGUUGACGGAUGGACUGCUGUCGUCAGGGGAGCUCUGGAAAAGACUCUUGGGUAUGUCUCUCCGCUAGCAGCCAACCCAUCUGUGGAUUCUCGCAAAGCUAGGAAAACCUAUGGGAUGAUCAUGAGCACAGAAUAUAUCGAGGAUUUCCACGACGAAAACAGAAAUGACUACCACGGAAGUUACCGUAUCAGUGUUAUGCACUGGUUCAUCCGUAAGGGCGAUGAGAUUAAGGAGGCGGAACCCAUCACGACAGAGUGGCAGAGACAUCAAUUGGCCACAAACGGAUCAUAUAACUGUCUACAGGUCAGAUUUUAUGAGCUAAAUACUGGGAAUUGUGAACAACCACCUUUGUAUCUUAAUCGACACAUGAAGAAACAUGCAAUCUUGAACCCAGUUCUGAGCAAGGUUCAGAAAAAGCGCAUAUCAAAGAGUCAGGGAAAAGAUGGCGAAAAAUACUACCAAGUAGCAUUCAAGAUUGAUGCGGCGUACUUCUCUGCUCAUUGUGAGUACACGCUUUGGUAUGAAGAGAGAAACUACGGGAGCAUUAAAGUCGACUACCUCGGAGACUGGGGAGCCUCUAACCAUUGUUUCAUGGAAACUCUUGAGUUUACAUUUGAUCUAUCGUACUGGAUCACGAUUCGUUCCCAUACCUUUAGGACUGGUGCAGGAAAUUGGAGUGGGGGAGGAGACGCUGGGAGGAUAUUGGAUCAGCUUCGUUGGUUGCCGUUGUUGCCUUGCUUUGUUUUCUGCAUCUGGUAGUUUCAGUCCUCGCUGAGCCAAGUCUUCGACUAAUAUGCC